UUUAGAAAAGCAACUUUUGAAGACAUGACCCAUUUGCAUACUGGACUCAGUCCAGAGACUAUAGAGAAAGCCCGUCUGGAACUUAAUGAAAACCCAGAUGUUUUGCACCAGGAUAUUCAGCAAGUCAGGGACAUGAUCAUCACAAGGCCUGACAUUGGAUUCUUGCGUACAGAUGAUGCCUUCAUCCUGAGAUUUCUCCGAGCCAGAAAGUUUCAUCAGACAGAUGCCUUCAGAUUAUUGGCUCAAUAUUUCCAGUACCGUCAACUGAAUCUGGAUAUGUUUAAAAAUUUCAAGGCUGAUGAUCCAGGGAUCAAACGAGCUCUGAUUGAUGGAUUCCCAGGAGUGCUAGAAAACCGUGAUCACUAUGGCAGAAAGAUACUUUUGCUGUUUGCAGCCAGCUGGGAUCAGAGUAGAAAUUCCUUCAUAGACAUUUUACGGGCUAUUCUCUUGUCCUUGGAAGUUCUGAUUGAAGAUCAAGAGCUUCAGAUAAAUGGCUUCAUUCUAAUUAUAGACUGGAGUAAUUUUUCCUUCAAGCAAGCCUCCAAGUUGACCCCUUCCAUCCUCAAACUGGCCAUUGAAGGGUUGCAGGACAGCUUUCCUGCUCGCUUUGGAGGCAUCCAUUUUGUGAACCAGCCGUGGUACAUCCAUGCCCUCUACACGCUAAUCAAGCCCUUCCUCAAAGACAAGACACGGAAAAGGAUCUUUCUUCAUGGAAACAAUCUUAACAGCCUUCACCAGCUUAUACACCCUGACUGCUUACCCUCAGAGUUUGGAGGGACUCUUCCUCCCUACGACAUGGGCACGUGGGCUCGGACAUUACUCGGGCCAGACUAUAGCGAUGAGAAUGAAUACACUCACACAUCCUACAACGCCAUGCACGUGAAGCAUUCGUGUUCCAACCUAGAGAGGGAAUGCUCUCCAAAACUCAUGAAGAGGUCUCAAUCAGUGGUGGAACCCGGAACAUUAAAACAUGAAGAACAGAAUGUGAAUGAGAAUACCCAGCCACUACUAGCUCUAGACUGAGAUUGAAAUCACUGCAAAAUACAGCUGUAUCCUCAGACUUCAGUGGCCCAUGAAUCUCUUGAAGCAAAAGACAGGUUUAAUACACAUUAACGUGCAUUCCGCUUGAAAAAUCAGGCUCUCCGUCAUUGUGGAGCAAGUAACGAUUAUCACCAGCCAUGUGUCUAUGUGUCCAAAGCUAGAGGCAAAAGAUUCCUUGUGG